AUGAAUGUACUAGUCUAUAACGGACCGGGUUCUUCACCAGAUAGUGUUAGACAUACGAUUGAAACUCUUCGAAAAUUUUUAGAACCAUAUUAUGCAGUAUCUACUGUUUCUAUCAAAGGUUUAAAAACCGAACCAUGGACUACAAAAACAUCUGCAUUAGUUUUUCCUGGCGGCGCAGACUUACCAUAUGUCAAAGAGUGUCAACCAAUAAUUAACGAUAUUAAGAGCUUUGUUUCCAAAAAGGGAGGUGUUUACAUUGGUUUUUGUGCAGGAGGAUAUUUUGGUUCAAGUUUUUGUGAAUUUUAUAAAGGCCAUCCCACUAUGGAAGUAAGCGGAUCAAGAGAAUUACAGUUUUUUCCAGGGAAUUGUAGAGGUCCUGCUUAUUCAGGCUUUCAAUACAAUAGCGAAAAGGGUGCCCGUGUUGUUAAUUUAAAAGCUGAUAAUGGUCUGUUGGUUCCAUGCUACCAUAAUGGUGGUGGUUCAUUCAUUGAUGCAGAGAAUUUUGAUGAUAAAGUACAAAUCCUAGCUAAAUACACAGAACCGCUGCAUAUUGAAAAGGGUGAAAAAGAAAACACAAUUGACUCCGCUGUUGUUUUAGCAAAGUUUGGGAGGGGGAAAGCCUUACUAGUUGGAACUCACCCUGAAUAUGUUCCAGAAUUACUUAAAAAAUCUAACGAUGACCAGUACAACGCUUCUAUUGUGGAAACGUUGAAAAAUGGCAAUGAUCUUCGUGAAAAAUUUAUGGUUUACAUUCUCAAACAAGCAGGAUUGUCAGUUAACGAGCCUGAUAAAACCCAAAAGUUCAAAAUUAGUCCAAUUUUUGUCUCUGUUAAACCUGACAGAAAGUUUUUAAUCAAUAACUUCCAGAAUAAUAUUAAAAAUGCUAUCACCAUCAAUGACGAUAAUUCUGUUACCUUUACCAGUAAUGUGGAAACAUUCAGAAUUUAUCAGGGUUUUGAAAACAGUAUUAAAGUCUCCAAAAAAGAGGAUGGAUAUGUGGAUCCACUUGAGGUCGUUAAAAACAUUAUUUUGCCAGAAUCUAAUGAAUCAAUUGUUCCAUUAAACUACACUCCAAACUUUGAUGCUGAACUGUAUUUUACCUUUUUAAACACCCAACAAAAUUUGGGAUCUAUGUUGCUAUACGCAGAUGUUGUUACGUCUACUAGUACCACACUUGAUAGUAACAAAACCUUAUUAAACGCGUUGCCUAACAAUUCAGUAGUGUUUGUCGGUACUACCCAGAUAUCUGGUAGAGGAAGAGGCGGUAACUCUUGGGUCAGUCCACCAGGGUUGCUAGCUUCAACUGUGGUUACAACAUUCCCCUUGAUAUCACCAACCACAGGAAAACCUGUAUCUAUCGUAUUUGUUCAAUAUCUGGCUGCUUUGGCAUGGUGCAAGGCUAUUAAUUCAUAUGCCGAUGGUUACGAAGAUAUCCCUAUUAAAAUCAAGUGGCCUAAUGAUUUGUAUAUUUUGAAUCCAGAAUAUUGUCACAAAAAGAACAUUAAAAUAACUAAUUUGAACAAUGAUAAGGUAAUUCCGUUAACUGACUUGGAACCGGCUUAUGUUAAAUCGGCGGGUAUUUUAAUUAAUACCAGUUUUAUAGAUAAUGCAUACAAAUUAUUAAUUGGCUGCGGUGUUAAUCUAACUAAUAAUGCUCCAUCUGUUUCCAUUCAAAUGCUAAUUAACAUGAUUAACGAAGAACGUGCCAGAGAUAACAGAGAAUUAUUGGAACCGGUUCGUCAUGAGAAAUUAUUGGCUCUGUAUAUUAAUAUACUAAAUAGUAUUAUAAACCAAUUUUUAGAUGUGGGAGUUUCAAACAUUUUACCAGAAUAUUAUAAGUUCUGGUUACAUUCAAAUCAAAUUGUCACUUUAACAGAGCAUAAAAACGUACGUGCUAAAAUUGUGGGUAUCACAGAAGAUUAUGGUUUAUUGAUUGCAAAAGAGUUAUCCGUUGGAAGCGAUAAUACUUAUACAGGUGUAACAUACAAUUUACAGCCAGAUGGUAAUAGUUUUGAAAUUUUUAAAGGCUUGAUUUCUAAAAAGGUAUACAACUAG